AACCUUUGCCACCAACUCUUUUGUUUGUCUUCAUCAUUACCUAAAACAAAUAAAGAAAUGAAGGUGAUGAAAGAAAGCACCAUGCAUUUCUUUGUUGGGUAGUUCUCCAUAUUUUCUGAACGAUUCUAACUAAAAGGUUCCUUGUCUUUAUAGGAGUCCUAACAUUUAAUUCACACACGGUAGAGGUUCUUUACUGAUUAUUCAGGUAAGAGUGGUGGUUAUUCACGUAAAUGGAAUGAUAAAUUUUUCUUUUUCCCUCUAAUAAUUUUUAUUGGUUAUAUUUUAUAGAGUUAAAUUUUGAUUUUCAAUUUUUGUUUAAGAAACGAGUUGCAUUGAUCAUAAUAAACACAAUGACAUUCAUUUUGAUAUCUUUUUCAAACUUAAAUAACAUGUGUGAAUAAAUAUUAGAUUGCAUGAAUAACCAUUACCUUUUACGUAAUAACCAUCACGGUUGCAAGAACACCAAUUUGGUGUAAAUGAACAUAAAAUUAAGAGAAUAAACCAUUAUUUAAAAAACACAACCAUAUUCGUAUCAAAAUACUGAAUAUCGGACCCAAAUCCGUCGCCAACUCCCUUGCCAUAAAAGAAGUAUCUAAACUUCCUCUUUUACACAUCAAAAUCCUAGGGCUGGCAAUUUGGUCCAGGACUGUUUGGUUUUACCCGAAACCGGACCAUAUAACCCGGACCGGGACCUGACUGGGACCGGAUAGCAAACAAUCCAAUAUCAUAUUCGGGCUUAGAUUUGAGGUAAAAAACCCGGAUAAAGACCGGAUAAAAGACCCCAACACUCAAAUCCCCACAAGCUCAAUCUAAAAUCAAAAUCAAAUUGGGAACGAACCGGGUCAAGACCGGACCGGAUCAAAACCAGAGUAUAUCCAAUCCAAUUUUUUAUCCUUAUAUUCCCGAAAAAAUCGGACUGGAACCGGAUCAAUUUGGUCCAAUUUAACCGAACCGUAUAGCCACCCCUACAAAAUCCCCUGCCAACUUCCUCCUAUAAUUCCAACCAUCCUCUCUCAAUCAAACCCACACAAACCCCAAAAAUGUCAGAAACCACUCCCACCGAUUUCGAAGAUUGCAGGGGAGUCCUCCGAGUAUACAAAGACGGCACAAUCUGGCGAUCUUCCCAGCCCAGCUUCAACGUCCCAAUCACCCCAAACGCCGCCGUCGAAUGGAAAGAUUCAGUCUUUGACCCUGCAAACAACCUCCAACUCCGCCUCUACAAACCCACUUCACUCCCCACCACCGCCGCCACCGCCACCACAAAGCUCCCAAUCUUCUACUACAUCCACGGAGGCGGCUUCUGCAUCGGCUCCCGCACCUGGCCCAACUGCCAGAACUACUGCUUCAAGCUCGCCACCGAGCUCCAGGCGGUGGUGAUUGCCCCCGACUACCGGCUGGCGCCGGAGGACCGUCUCCCGGCGGCGAUUGAGGACGGGUACACGGCUCUGAAGUGGCUUCAGGGGCAGGCUCUGGCGGAAGAGCCGGACACGUGGCUGACUGACGUGGCGGAUUUUGGGAACGUGUUCAUUUCCGGUGACUCGGCCGGCGGGAACAUUGCUCACAAUUUGGCGGUUAGGGUCGGAGCCGGGUCGGUUGAAUUGGGUCCGGUUGUGGUGAAGGGUUAUGUGCUUCUGGCGCCGUUUUUCGGCGGGACGGUUUUGUGCGAGUCGGAAGCUAAUGGGCCUGUAGAUGCGUUUCUGAAUUUGGAGCUCAUUGACAGGUUCUGGAGACUGUCAGUUCCAGUUGGAGACACAACUGAUCACCCAUUGAUAAACCCAUUUGGGCCGAGCAGCAAGGAUCUGGAACCGGUGGCUCUUGAUCCGGUCCUGGUAGUGGUUGGGGGAAGUGAUCUUCUGAAAGAUCGUGCAAAAGUUUAUGCAGAGAAGCUUACUGAGAUGGGGAAGAAGAUCGAAUACGUCGAGUUCGAAGGCCAGCAACAUGGGUUCUUCACCAUUGACCCUGAAGCCGAACCUGCUAAGAAGCUGAUGGAAGUGAUCAAGAGGUUCAUUGCUGAGAAUUCGAGUUGAAUUGUGGAGUUUACCUUCGGUGUUUGUUGUUUGGCAGCUUCGUUUUCCCAAAUAAACUUGUUUCCUUUCAUUAGUCAAAUCUUGACAUUGUUGCUCUGUUUCAACUUGGAUCAAUCUGUCAUCAUGUAUCUCAAUCUAAUUAUGGAAAAGACUUCAUAGUUAGGGUGUUCAUCCUUCCGACUCUGGCUUAAGGCUAAAUACCUUACAUGCUCCUUUAAACUGUAACUAAAGUAACUAUAACUGAAAGGCUUGCCUUAAUGUCAUCUACAUUGAGUGAGAGAGUCUCUAAACAGAACUGAAGUAACUUUAAGCUACAUAAAGCCAUUGGAUUUUGACACAGAAUUCAGUUGUGUAAACGAGGCAUCAAAUCUCAGCCCAACACUAAAAUCUUUUAAACCACUUCAGUUGCUAAAGCAAGCUGGUGUCGCCACAACAGAUAAUGAUCUUCUGAACAUGAAAAGGGGGGUGAUGAAACUUAUUGAUAGGAAGUUAGGGCAUUUCUAGGAAACAGAACAAAACAAAUGAAGCACAACCACCAGCAAGUAAAGAUAUCUCUGCAGAAGCUCUAAUGAUAACAAGGGGGGGAAAGGCAUACAAGAAUUUCGCUUUAGCUCUGAGAUCUUCAAUCCCUUAAGCUGCUUCACAUAGAGAACUCGGUUCAUUGUAUUACGACUUUAGCCAUUUUUCUCGUUCACGGUCUCCUUGCGUCCACUGCAACAGUAGAAGUGUGGCAGCUUAACACGGCCACAAACCCUGCACGAACAGGACACAAAUGCAUAUGUUAUCAGACAAGGGAAAAGUUUAAGCAUUGUUUUAUGUGAUGAAGAGGAAAUAUUUUACCCUCAUGAGGGCCAAGACACUCAUUUCAAACAGCAAAACAGUUUUUCGAAGAAGAAAAGAAUGUCAUUUUG